GUCAACCUUGUUCACACCCCAUUGCCACAUGGAGGCAGCUUGAAAUCUUCAUUUUUGUCUGUUCAGCUGUAAACAGGAUACAACAAGUCACGUCUACAGCUGCAGAAACGUAACUGCGGUGCUUUUAGUUCCUGUUCUCCAGCUCAAACACCCAAGCUUACUAAGCCGCUCAUGCUGUGAGGAGUAUCAUUAAAGAAGUUGCCGCUUUGCACUCAGUAUUUUUUGAUAUAUAUAUAUUUUUUGCAGUGACAAAAAAAAUAACUUGUAUUCAUAUUAUUUAUCUGGAAAGUCUUCACAUGGAUUCAGUUUUGUUCAUUAGAAGGGGAAUGUGAAGUACAACAUCAUGAGAUCAAAUAAAGGAUGUCUGAAUCCCAUUUUCCUGUUGGGAGUCAUGGUUUUUAUCACUUUGACAACUCAUGGAUGGGAUUUUUACCUGCAAACCUUGGCACUGAGGUACACAAAAAAACAAGGUUUUAGAAAGGAUCUUCUGAGAAAAUACUGUAAAGGUGGAAACCAAAGUUUGGAUGACUUGAAGGACUCAAACUUGACAAAUGUUAUUGUGGAUGACAAACACGGCAUCAUCUACUGUUACAUUCCAAAGGUGGCAUGUACCAACUGGAAGAGGACCUUGAUCGCUUUAAACUACAGUGAACCAUAUCCUGACCCAAUGUCCUUCGAACAUGAAUGGGUUCACGAUUCUGAGAGAUUCCAGCACCUAAAUGACUUUCCAAAGCCAGAGAGAGAGGCAAAACUAAAGCACUACACCAAGUUCCUGUUUGUCCGUGAUCCAUUUGUGCGCCUCAUCUCUGCCUACAGAGACAAGCUGCUGAAUUACAACCAGUAUUUUUAUGAAGGCUAUGUGAGACUUAUCUUGCUACUUUAUGAAAAACAGACCAAUAUAACUUAUAAUCAUGAGGUGGCCAAGAAAAAAGGUCUCCAGCCUUCAUUCUAUGACUUCAUUCAGUAUAUACUGGACCCACGAACAGAAAAAAAAGAACCAUUUGAGCCCCACUGGAGGCAGAUGCAUCGUCUGUGUCACCCCUGCCUCAUUGAAUAUGACUUUGUUGGCCAUCAAGAAAGUCUUCAAGAAGAUGCUCAGGAGCUGCUGAAGAUAUUAAAGCUGGAAAACGAUAUCAAGUUUCCUUCCUCAUAUAAAAAUAUGACCUCUGCUGAUUCUGUUAUGGACUGGUUUCAAAGUGUACCACUGGAAGACAGGAGGAAGCUGUACAGAAUCUAUGAAGAAGACUUUUUACUCUUUGGCUAUAGAAGGCCAACUGAACUGGUGGAUGACUGAGCUGAUGAUAGGACUCCUUCUGUGCUCAUUCACCGUAAUAUUGAAACUGUCUCCAAGUAUUUGGUUAGUGAGAUUUAAAUGUUUAAUUCUUGUAUUUUGUACCUUACUUCACUAAAUGUUCAUCCUUUGA